GUGAGUUGUGAAUGGAGGCUGCUCAAAGUUAGUUUGGGAAAAACGUUUAAUAAUACUAAUUAAACAUUGGACAAUUAAUUGACAGCCAUUGUUAUACGAUCAAUUGAACUCUAUAUAAUUUCACAGCUGACAGAUUGCCGUCAACAUCAUUUUGACUAUAAAAAAGCGGCGUUUUAACUAGACAAAUCAACAGUUUGCAUUCACAAAUUAACAGAAGCAGCAGCUCUCAGUAACUAACUAAAAAUAUUAACCAAACAUGCAACGCUUUGUGUUGAAUAUCGCCUUAAUCGCUCUGCUGGGAGCUGCCUUGGUCCGUGCCUUCGAUGAGAAGGCUGCUGCGGCCAAGUUCAUGGAGUUUGCCGAAACCUGCAAGGGCGAAGUUGGCGCCACGGAUGCCGAUAUCGAGGAGUCCGUCAAACGUCAGCCAGCCAGCACAUAUGAGGCGAAAUGCUUGCGUGCCUGUGUGAUGAAGAAGUUCAAGCUGAUGGAUGCCAACGGCAAGGUGGAUAAGGCUGCCGGACAGGAGAAGGCCAAGAAGUACACCGGCAACGAUCCUGCCAAGCUAAAGCUGGCCAUGGAGAUCGGUGACAUUUGUGCUGCCAUCGAGGUGCCCGAUGAUCAUUGCGAGGCAGCUGAGGCCUAUGGUCAUUGCUUCAUGACGGAGGCACAGAAACGUGGACUUAUGUAAGGAAAAUAACGGACUCUUUUAAGGAAUAUCCCCCCGACUAUCAGAUACACGAACCCAGGCAAAACUCUCGAAACAGAAUUAACUAACUAAUUACUAGAUUAUUAUGUAUGUAUUAUUUUAACGGUUAUUUGUUGUCUAUGCAGUAAAAAAGGAGCAAAAAAAAAUAUAAUUAUAAA